GCCGCUGCCGCUGACGGAAAGCAGCCCGGUGAUAUCAAGGUCCGCAAGGCCGCUCGUACUAACAAUACACCCCGAAUGUAACCUGCUAAACUCGAUAAGCUUAUGCUUCUCCGUAUUAAACAUCGUUCUGAACUCUUCAAUAAACACGGCUACCAAAUCCGCCUUGCGCUCGCACAGGCUGCACCUAUCGAUCCCGAGGACAUCCAAGACAUCAAACCAACGAACGCCGGCUGGGCCCUCAGUGCGCGGACUCUCAGAGCCGAAGAGACUCUCCUCUCUACCCAAGGGAGCUGGGGACCAAAGUUUGACUUGAUUAUUGCUGAAAAGAAUGUGCAAUGGCACACCUACCUGGUUAAAGACUUCCCUCGCACACUGACAGAUUGGGAAGGCGCCCCCCUCGACUUUAACCAAGUAGUCUCUGAUGAGAUCCAGCGUCAAACACAGCAAACCCCCAUUGCCUGGCAUAUCUCCAAAGCUGACACGCUCACUGACACUCGCGAUGUAACGCUUGUAAUCCCCUUCUCUGAACCAGUACUGGGGAACUUCCGGCUCCUGGGCACGAGCGCCUUCUCUUUCAAACUGACCAAGGCGCCAAAGAUCACCCAGUGUACUAACUGCUUGAAUUACCAUGUACCGACUAGAUGCAUUGCCCCAGAAGUCUGUAAAAACUACGGCUAACGAACCGGUGAUAACCACAAGCCCGACUCGUGUACACGAUUCACGCAGUGCGUACUAUGCCAUGGACCACACCCCCCAGACGAUAACAAGUGCUUCGCAAAGCCAAAGAAGCGCGACGACGGACUCCACAAGCUCUCAAAGACACAACGUGUGUAUGUAAAACUCCUCGGGUCACAGGCAUUCCG